CGGAGCAGGCGCCGGAAGUGCCUGCAUAGCGGGCGGCGGCGAGCGGUGGCCGUCGGAGCGGGCCGGCGCCAUGGUGGAGGAAGUCCAAAAGCAUUCUGUGCACACACUUGUGUUUAGAUCUUUGAAGAGAACUCAUGACAUGUUUGUAGCUGACAAUGCCAAGCCUAUACCAUUAGAUGAAGAAAGUCACAAAGUAAAGAUGUCAGUCAAGCUGCGUACGGAGUAUGGGUCAGUGUUGCACAUGCCCACCCUGAAAGAAAAUUUGAGAGAGAAAGCAGGCUCAAACACUGGGGAUCCUUAUGGACAUAAACAAUAUUCUGGAAAUCAAGGACAAGAACUUGAAUAUAUGAUAACUGGUACACACCCAUACCCACCUGGGCCUGGUGUGGCACUAACAGCAGAUACUAAGGUCCAGAGGAUGCCUAGUGAAUCUGCAGCUCAGUCAUUAGCUGUGGCACUUCCUCCUUCUCAGUCCAGGUUGGAUGCGAAUCGGACAGCUGCUGGUGUGGGUGACAUUUACAGGCAUGCUGGAAUGUCUGAGCGGCCGCAGGCUCCUGGCGUGCCCAUGGCUGUGAUGGAAGCUGGAGGAAAUAAAAAUUCUGCAUUAAUGGCAAAGAAAGCUCCAACCAUGCCUAAACCUCAGUGGCAUCCACCUUGGAAACUGUACAGAGUUAUCAGUGGUCAUCUGGGCUGGGUGAGAUGCAUUGCAGUAGAACCAGGAAAUCAAUGGUUUGUUACUGGCUCGGCUGACAGAACUAUAAAGAUUUGGGACCUUGCUAGUGGCAAAUUAAAAUUGUCUUUGACGGGACACAUCAGUACUGUACGAGGGGUGAUAGUGAGUGCAAGAAGUCCAUACCUGUUUUCUUGUGGAGAAGACAAACAAGUGAAAUGCUGGGAUCUUGAAUACAAUAAGGUUAUCAGACAUUAUCAUGGUCACCUAAGUGCUGUCUAUGGUUUAGACUUGCAUCCAACAAUAGAUGUAUUGGUAACAUGUAGCAGGGAUUCAACAGCGCGAAUAUGGGAUGUGAGGACAAAAGCCAGUGUGCACACACUGUCAGGACACACAAAUGCAGUUGCAACAGUGAAGUGCCAGGCUGCAGAACCACAAAUUAUUACAGGCAGUCAUGAUACUACAAUAAGGCUCUGGGAUUUGGUGGCAGGAAAAACUCGUGUCACUUUAACAAACCACAAGAAAUCUGUAAGAGCAGUUGUACUACAUCCAAGACAUUACACAUUCGCAUCUGGUUCUCCAGAUAAUAUUAAACAGUGGAAAUUCCCAGAUGGAAACUUCAUUCAGAACCUCUCUGGUCACAAUGCUAUUAUCAACACACUGACUGUAAAUUCAGAUGGAGUUUUGGUCUCGGGAGCUGAUAAUGGUACUAUGCAUCUUUGGGACUGGAGAACUGGAUAUAAUUUCCAGAGAGUACAUGCAGCUGUACAGCCAGGUUCUUUGGACAGUGAAUCAGGAAUAUUUGCUUGUGUUUUUGAUCAGUCAGAAAGCAGACUGCUAACUGCUGAAGCUGAUAAAACCAUAAAAGUAUACAAAGAAGAUGAUACUGCGACUGAAGAAACUCAUCCUGUCAGCUGGAAACCAGAAAUUAUCAAAAGGAAGAGAUUUUAAUAUGGCUACACACGUAUGCUAUAAUUUUGUUGGCUUUCCUGAAAGUAUUCAGUCACAUUAUGUUCUGCCUAAAACAGCAGAGCAGGACCUCAGCUAAAGUCAUUGCUUUUUCAACAUGUUUUAUAAUAAAUUUUAUUUCUCCUUGUUUUGACUUUUUUUGGUAUGAUCCCAGCACACAAGUUGCAACUGUUAACUCUUCUGCUUUUUAGAACACAUAUAGUUCAUGAAAAGGAUAGGUGGUUACUUGAUUUUAUACAUACACUGAGUGUAAGUCUAAAAAUACUGUGUUGAGCCAGGUUUUGUGGAAGACCUUUGCCUGACUGCAAAAGAUAAUUGCAAAUUCAUGCAUAGAGACCAUCUACUGGCAAUUUUUUGAGUAAUAUUUUUAAAUUGUAGGCUACUAUUCUUUAUAGUAUGUAUGCUAAGUAUCUACUGUAAUAGAACAGUAUAUGUACUAAAUUAUGUAAUAACAGAGUAAUUAAGGAAGAAGCAGAACUUUAUUGUAAUGUAGUUUGCUUAGUAAAAGUACUCACUGAGCAUUGGUGGAGUUCUGUUAUUGGAUUAAACUGACUUUCAAAGCACUUCUCUCCCUAGGAAAGUUUUCUUGUGCAAUUCCUCAUCUUCCCUGAUCUCAUUUUUGGGGUGGACCUUCUAUAACAAGGGCCAUUGUCAAAUCGUAAGGUUUACAGUGAUCACCAGGUUAGGACCAGUUGACUUAUCUUAAGUCAACUCUUUUAUUUUCUCCAAAUAUCCCAAGCGUGUGUUAUGUUAGGUUAUAGGAAUCUUUUGGAACUACUCUAAAAGGAAAAGCUCUUAAGUCAUUCUAGUCUUAAUUGUAUUUGUGGCUGCCUCCCCACUGCCUUAUUAAGGAUUUAAAACGUGUCACUGAAAGAUGAUUCAUAUUCCUGAAGGGGAAAAACUUUCAUUCCGUUUGCAAAACUGUCAUAUAAUAGACAAUAAACGUAAGCCUCCUUGCUGCAGCUCCUCUGUGAUGCUAGUGCUGUGCUGAAGCACUUUCCGUUGGGCAGGCGGCAAGCAGGAGUCAUUCAGCCAUUGAGCUGUCGGCACCUUUGCUAACGUUGCUCGUAGCUGCAGUGGCGAGUUUCUUGCUGGGUAAACAAUGAGAGUUGUUUUGUGGCCACUGGAUUGGUAGUAACCACUUCUACUUUCUGCCAGCCUGACAUCUCUUUGCAAAAGUGAAUUAUGUUAGAGAAAUCCCAUAGUUUGCUGCCAGUGCCUGGAACCCCCUAUUUCAGAUACUUGCAGUGUAACUUACCAACAGCUAGUAAAAAAGUGUUGUUCAUAUUACAAGAUUUAGUCUUAUUUUUUAUGGUACGCAGGAAUACUCUUGUAUACGUCCUUUAAAUACUGUACUUAUAAAUAUUUGACAGGAUCUUUUUAAAACAGGCCAUGAUGCAUAAAUAACUGAAUUUUGGUUGACAGCUAGUGUCUAAAACAUCUUCACGAAAUGUCGUAUUUACACACAUGGGCUUGUUUAUUGCAGUUCUCUAGCAUGUGUUAAGUUUUGCUUUUCAGAUUACUGUAUUUCAGGACAAAAUAACAAAGAAAAUGGAACUGGUGAUAUUUUUACAAUUUUGAAAAAUACAAAAGCCAAAAAAAGACCUUGAAAGCAUGGAUUGAAAAGAAGCAUUCACUUUAAAGGGGUAUUUUCAACUACAAUAAUUUAAAUUUACUUUUAAAAAUUCCCUAGAUUUUUUUUCAAGGGUUUUUUUUCUUGUGAUAUUUAGAAGUGUUGUUGCAGCAGGAAGCAGAAGGUAGACUACAGUGACAUGCGUACGUUCCCCUUUAACCCGCUUCUGUUUGUGGAUCUGCCUUGCAAGCCAUCCUUACUCGUAGUGUCUGUUUUCUUGCCAACUCAGAGUAUGGAGAAAACGAUGCAGGUUUUGGUGGAUUAAAUCCCUCCUAUUUGGUUGAUAUGCUAAAUUUUUUAGAUCCUUAUUGCAGCUGUUGGCCAUUUGAACUAGAAUGGGGAAAAAUGCAGGUUGUAGCCUAUGCAUUUUAUUUUUAUGCUUUUGUUCCACCUGCUAAUGCUUCAUUUCAGAAAUCUGUGAACUAUUUAGUGUUUUGCAGAAUUUUGUGGCUCACUGAAACCCUCCAUAGGAACCAGAGCGGAGAGGAGUAACUUGCUUUAGAAAAAGAGAUAAGUGUGGUUUUUUUGGUGGUGAUUUUUUAAGCAUCUUUAUUUCUUCUGUUAAUUUGGAAUCAGGAAAAGGAAAAUAGAGGUUUUGGCUCACAAUUCAUGCUCACCUUCCCUGUAUUGGUGCCUUCCUUUAAAAUUUGCAGUUACUCUGCUGUUUAUCCCGUUGACAAUGAUCAGGCAAUGUCUUGCAGAACUUGCGUUUCUGCACUGGAGUUCUGCAGGAAUGUAGUAGCACGGUGGCAGUGGUGGUUUUGGCAUUCUUUGUGGUGCUGUGGAUACAGGUUUGGUUUGUAAAUUAAAGGCUGUGUCACUGUUGGAACAAUAGUUUUUUGGCUUUGCAAUAUGCUAUCCCAAUUUUAAGUUUUAUUGUAUUUUAAUACUUGAUUUGCAUGUUCAUUUUCUUACCAGCAGGUUUUUCCACUUGACAGUCUUAGUAAUGUGAAUAUCAGUUCAUGUACUUCUGUGUAAUUAUUUAUGACACAUCAAGAUUAACAUGUUAUGUUUAAAUGCUUCUCUAGUGCAAAGUAAGCCUAGGUAGUGAGUUGUGUUAGACAUAUCUGAUGCAUAUAGAUGUAUAUUGAGAUUAGAUCUGUCCAUGUAAUUCAUAAGAUAAAGGAGAACAGGAGGAUCUGGUCCACUGUUUAUAUUUUCCAUGCUUCUGAAAAGUGUCCUGCUGCAGUGUCAGUUACACUAGUCUUGAAUUGGAAUAUGAAUUCAAAACAUAAUUAUUGUCAUUUAUUUAAUAAAAUUUGUUGUUACCUCCUGUAUACGAUCAAAUCAUACCCAUUUCUACUGCAAACUUUAGGUAUUGUUUUAUACUGUACAUAACUAUGGAGAAGAAGGAGAAUUUUUUUUGUUGUAACAUACUUCAAAAAUGUGUAACUGGUGAAAGCGAUAAAUUUUAAGGUCACUCUUUGGUGUAUAAAAAAGCAUCUAAUGUAAGCGAUGCAGCUAGAAUGCCGUCAUUUACUGGCAGCAUAAGUUGUGCAGAAUAGCAUGUAUUUGGCAUAUUGAAGACUUACAGAAAUGAAUCUUUAAUAGCCAAGUCUCCUUUUGGUUCUGUUAGAUAAGAAUUAGUGCUAUGCCUGAUUUAAGUGACAGCAAUUUAGCCCUCAAUAAAACCUGAAAUAUAA